AACGUGCGCAGAGUGGAUGCGCAGUGGUUCAGUUAAAUGCCUCUUCAGCUGGAAUGACGCCCCUCUUACUGCUCUGAGUUCUCUCAUCCUGCAGCACCGACAGCUGGGAUUUAACCUUUCUUUUUAUACUUUUAUUUUUUUAAACUUUCCUAUAGUUUGAGUCAUGUUUUGGUGCUUGUUCCUGUGCGCAAUGUUUGCGUCGUKGCCGGCUUACGCACAGCUCUCCGGCCGGUAUGUGGUGGGAUGUCCCUCUCAGUGCGACAAAUCGAUGUGUCCCCGGGUGCCGGCGGACUGCGCGGMGGGACAAACCCUCGACGCCUGCCACUGCUGCCCGGUGUGCGCCUCCAGCGAGGGGGAAGCCUGCGGCGGCGGCGGCAAGCUGGGGGACCCGGUGUGCGGAGAGGGGCUGGAGUGCUCGGUCUCCGGCGGGGUGGCCUACUCGGCCACGGUGAGGAGGAGAGGCAAGAGCGGGAUCUGCGUGUGCAAGACCACCGAGCCGGUGUGCGGGAGCGACGGGGUGUCCUACCGGAGCCUCUGCGAGCUGAAGAGGGUCAGCCGGCGCGCGCAGAAGCUGCAGCAGCCACCUGUUCUGUUCAUCCAGAGAGGUGCCUGCGGGAAAGCUCAGGACAAUCCAGACAGUCCAAGGCACAAAUACAACUUCAUCGCUGACGUGGUGGAGAAAAUCGCUCCGUCUGUGGUUCACAUUGAACUUUUCCGCAAGAUGACAUAUUCCAAGCGUGAGGUGGCUGUGGCCAGUGGUUCUGGUUUUGUUGUGUCAGAGGAUGGCCAGAUUGUGACCAAUGCCCACGUUGUGGCCAAUAAACACAGGGUGAAAGUGGAACUGAAGAGCGGCGCCUCCUACGAUGCCAAAAUCAAAGACGUGGAUGAAAAGUCGGACAUCGCUCUCAUCAAGAUCGAUGUACCGAACAAACUUCCAGUGUUGUUGCUGGGUCAUUCCUCAGACCUGAGACCAGGGGAGUUUGUGGUUGCUAUCGGCAGCCCGUUUUCCCUCCAGAACACCGUAACUACCGGCAUCGUCAGCACCACUCAGAGAGGCGGCAGAGAGCUUGGCCUUCGCAACUCUGACAUGGACUACAUUCAGACUGAUGCCAUUAUCAAUUAUGGCAACUCUGGAGGGCCUCUAGUUAAUCUGGAUGGCGAAGUGAUCGGGAUCAAUACGUUGAAAGUGACAGCGGGAAUUUCAUUUGCCAUCCCCUCAGACAAAAUUAGACAGUUUUUAGCUGAGUCAUAUGACAGACAGUCCAGAGGGAGAACAGACUCAAAGAAGAAAUAUAUUGGUGUGAGAAUGAUGACUCUCACUCCGGUUUUGGCAAAAGAGCUGAAGACUCGACAUCGUGACUUCCCAGACAUCACCUCGGGAGCGUAUGUUAUGGAAGUUAUAGCAAAGACACCAGCUGCAAUUGCUGGCCUUAAGGAGCAUGAUGUCAUCAUAUCCAUCAACGGCCAUCGGAUUUCGACAGCGACUGACGUCAGCGCCGCCAUUAAAAAAGAUGACACUUUGAAAGUUGUUGUUCGACGUGGCAACGAGGACGCCAUCCUCACUGUUGUUCCAAUGGAGGUUGAUCCAUGACUUGUUUUGAAUUGCACCGCAGGAGUUAGGUUGAACUCAUCACCAGUGGACCUUAUGUGGGAGGCGGAGCUUCGACUGACACGCCUUCCCUUCUGUGGCUGAAAGCCCAGAGAAGCCACACAUCCAGGAAAAUUCUGGCUUUGUCUUGAAACAAACGACUACAGGUGCUCUGAAAGCAUUGCUGUGCUUUGUUUUCACUUUUAGUCCUUAAUGCUUUUAUCAACGCUACUACUGUUUGCUCACAAACAUUAAAAUAUAUAUAUAUAUUUUAUUGAUUUUUUUAUUAUUAUUCCCCUGCUUUGUUGUUGCUCAAAAAGGACAAAAACAAAGCAGGGACUUGGGCUCAGUCAGGCCUUCAGCUUUGUAAGCCAUUUAGAUACUCUGAGAAAAUCUGAUUGUUUUGUAUUGUAUUUGUUGUUUCCUAGGUUCAUUUUUUUUUAAAAGUACUGUAGAAUUUUUUUUGUAAUUACGUGGUAUGUACUGGGACAAAAAAUAAAGGGGUUACUUACAUUUUUCACAUUAAUAUGCUACCCAUGUCCUAUUAUUUUCAUCUCAUUUCUCUGUUUUUUGUUCUCUUGUGGUAGCUCACUUUUGCCAAAAUAAAAAAAUAAACCAA